GAUGAGAUACCCAUUUGCAGUCUCCAUCGUGCAGUCAACGGCGCGGUUCUUCGGUCGAAACGCCGAGUUUUCUGUCGUCUCAUCCGGCCGUCGGAUUCGAACGCGAUUGGCCCGGUUACACGGUAUCCCGCAGAGAAUCCGCAGGCAGCUCGCCUUUGCUCUCAGCGACUAUUCCCCAUAUGGCGCGAGCAAAUGUGAGGAGGCGGCACUCGGAUUUGCCGCAUUUUGAAUCUGUGGCUAGGAUUUCGAGUCUUCCCAUCGUGGAAAGCGGUAUACACAUCGCUGGUAAUGUGUAUAGAAAAAUAAAGCGUUCGAAUUCUUUAAUGAACUGGAGUUUGGAUACGGCAGAGCAGUCAUUGGCAAUCGCAACGGCGACGGCAAGACCAGCAAUUUUUGCAUUCAAUGGACCAAUUACGACAAUCGAUCAGCUGCUGUGCAAAGGUAUCGACAUUGUUGAGCAGAGAGUGCCAGCAGUGCAUCUUCCCCCUCAUCUUAUAUAUUUGAACACGCGAGACUAUGUAAAUAAGAAGAUCGUGAAGCCGGUUUUAAUGCGUGCCGGAAGUGUCACGCACAUCGGUAGUCAAGCUGCCGACGUCGCCGCUGAUAGAUUGGAUGGUGCAUUAACGAUUGCAGACAAGUAUGUGGAUCGUUACUUGCCAGCAGAUCCAGCCGACCAAGUAGAUAAUAAAUGCGAAGCCAACCCUACUGAAAAAAUGAGCAAAACGUCACGAACGAUUAAACAUGGUGCAAGGUUCUCGCGGAAACUACAAAAAAGAUUGACACGACGUACUUUGGUCGAGGCGCGCGCACUCAAGGAACAAGGAACGGAGUGCAUUCACGUUCUUCUAUAUGUCGUGGAAUUGAUAGUCACGGACCCAAAAUUGGCGAUGGAAAAGACAAAGGAGCUGUGGGCCACGUUGAGUCUGAAUGAACCCGAAAAUCAGGCGCGUCCAGAUACACUCGAACAGCUUCUCGUGCUUUUGACGCGCGAAUCUGCACGGCGUAUAGUGCACCUGGUGAACGGCGCCGCGGCAUUGGCGGCUAAAACUCCGCGGCGUUUAGGUCAUCUACUUGUCAGGCUUUCUCAUCAAUUACUUGCCAUCGCGGACGCCUCAUUGCAGAUGACACCAUUUAUAGGUAAGAGCAGUGCAACAAAAGAACAAGUGUCUGUCAUACGCUCUGGUAUUGAAAGGUUGAGUUCGACUAUGAAUCUACUAUUGGAAAAAUUCGCUACAUUCUUGGCUGGUCGUCCCAGCUCUCAAAAGGCACCACGCAUGCGAAACCACGAGCAGAACCACAACAACCACAUGUCGGCAACUUCUAAUCCUCCAAUAAAUGGUAUCGAGUAACGAGCGAGUUACUCGCCUGAAAACUGCUACGUGCGGGUUUCUUUCCCCUUCUGGUAUGGUUUUCAAUUACAAGGUCAAAGACACGAGGAUAGAAAUCACGCCGAGUCGCCGCUCAUUGAUUAGCAUAACAUUUCAUCGACCGCGACUACAUCAUUAUUUUUUAUGAAUUUGUAUUCGUGAUACGUAAUACAACAAUACGACAAUACAAUAAUGUAACAAUCGAAUAUAUUUUAUCAGUGGCACAGUGUACCCGUGCCAUACUCAUUUUGUGCUUCUCAAGUUAGUCAUUAAUCUAUUAUAUAGUCUAUUAUAGUCUAUUAUAUAGU